GUUUCAUCUGUCAUUCACUUUGUUUUUCAUCUAAAAAAUUCACAAAAAAAUGGUUUAAAAUCAACAAUUAACGAUAAAGCAGCAAAACACCCACUUGAGAGAGAUAAAGAUGACAAAUUACGGAAAUGCGACGAACGCCAGCACCGAAUAUUUGUCCGAGCUGUGGAAUGACAUUUGCAAGAAGCACUGGAAUUACCUGGAAACGGAAGAAAGUCUCGAAAAAAUCGAGGAACGCGUCAAACUCGAGACAUGUCUCACGGAUUACCUGUGUCUCGUGCCGCACGAUCGAAAAUUUCUCCUUCCCGAGACGAAUCACGUGCUGAAAAAGUCAAUUUUGUACAUGCAGGACUUUUCGGCGUACAAGGCGUGCAUCGGUUUCGAGUCGAUCAGUCAGUAUGCGAAUAAUUUGUUCACGAAACCGUGGCGGAAGGAGUACAAAGUGAUCAAAAUGUUCUCCGGGUUCUUCCAACACGAGAUAAGGACGAAUUUGCUCGAUGCGGAGAGGCUUUUUGAGGCGAUGGGAUACAAAAUGCUUGCGAAUCAGACUUUAGUUUUGGAUGGCGCAAUUUGCCCGGAUCAAGUCACAAAUGUCUCGAGAGAUGCAAUGGCGGCUUAUGUUGAAUGCCAAAUCAUAAAGCAAAUUUAUUCGGAACUCACACGAAUGCAAUUGACGUGUUCCUGGCUGGAUAUUUACAAUUUUCGGGAACAUCAUGUCGGUACAGCGUCGCAGGCGGUUAAAAUGAUCGCUUAUAGUAUACAGGAAAAGCAAUAUCGUAAAAAUGUGAUAGGAAGUGUAGAUAACUGCUAUAAUCCAGUAUUGCCCGUGCAAUCUCCCGUGUCAGCUGCUUAUAAUCAAUGUGCUAUGCAUCCCUGUAGUCAAUGUAACAAGCAACAACAACAGCAACAGCAACACUAUCAAAUCCCUUAUAUGACAUCGCCUUCGUGCAGUAUCCACGCAAAAUCGCAACUUGGAAGUCAGCAGCCCUCGCCGCAAGCUGUGCCUCCGCCGCCGGCGCAAUUCGGAUAUCCCGCAAUCCCACACAGCAAGUCCCUAGACCAAUACGAUGCGAGUGGCUUGAUCAAUCCGAACGUUCCGCAUCGGCAUUCGUUCGAUCAUCCCGCAGCAGUAGCACAUAUUCCCGCUUCCAUGCCGUCAUACGAUUGCAUCGACGGAGCCCAUGCCGCUUGCAAUUACAAUGCAUUUAACACGCACCCGUACAACGUAUCGGGAAAUCGGUUUCCUCUCCCCUACAAUUUGUCAAGUAGUUUGAAUAAUGGCGGUUAUGCCAUCCCCAAUGGUCACAAAGUCGGUUACGUGCCAAAUUAUCCAGUUGUUCCGCCGCCUCCCGCCAAGAUGAUGCAUCCCGACGAGUAUUAUUUGACACGCACGAGCGGCUAUUACAGCGGAUUGCCCCAAUCGACGCCCGUUUCGCAGCCAGAUCACACGAAAUACGCGAGUAUCGGGAGUCAAGCGAAUGUCGGGACCCUCAUCGAUCUCGAUCCGAAGCCAUAUCCCACGAGUAUCCUCAAGAAAGACACGCGACAUAUCAGCAGCAACUCGGCGACGGGCAAACGAUACGACGUGCCAUACGACAAAACGUCCCGUCACUCGGAUUUUGACAGUUACGACGACGACUUGAGCAAAUCGACGCCGAAAUCCUCGUCGCAAGCCACAAAAAAUCAAGACGGCAUCGGUUCGUACGAAUCCUGGAACUACGUUUUCAAAAAUCUCGAGAAGCAGGGUUACACAAAGGACUUUGAUGAUGUCGACGAGGACUUGGGACUCGAUAUCGAUCGCAUUAAUUUGAUUGAUCCGCCGCCCCCGCCCAUCGUUGAGCGAUCUACGAAAGCGCAUCACGUUAGGAAUUGUAGUAAUAGUAGUAAUAAGGCGCCCGAUUUGCCCAGCAAGCCGCCAAAAAUGCAGCAGAAGAGUGCAAGUGCAAUGACAAAUAACAAUAAUCAUCAUGCGACGACGACGACAGCAACAACGACGACGUCGAGCAAGUCAAACGGAAGCAUUAUCAAGAAAUCCGCGCCACCGUCUUUGCCUUCAGCUGUAAAUACGAAUGAAUGGAGUUGUCGCUUUUGCACAUUUUUGAAUCACGAGUCGAAACGCAUCUGCGAGAUGUGUGCCAAGAGUCGAGAUUUUAAUUUGGAUGCGAAAACGAGCGCAGCAACUUGCGUUUAAAAAUGUUUUUUCGCACGACUCAUCAUUAGAGAUUAUUAUAGAGACAAAAAGUAUAGACGACCUAUAAAUUAUAUUAUUAAUUAUAUUACAUUUAUUCGAUAAAACAAAAUAUAUAUUUGAAACUAACUUCAAAAGUUUAGUGAUGUUGGAC